AUGAAAAAGACACGCACCUCAGCCCCCAUUGACCAAAAACAAGCAAUGGCGGUGGUGAAUCAGCAGUUUGAGUCCAUGUUUCCGACUCAAUCCUCAACAAUUACGACAACAACAGCAGAAAAAACAACAACCACGACUACGGGAGCUAAUGGAUCGGCUAAUGCUAAAAACAAAGAGAAUACAACCGAUCUGAAUGCCCCAUCGAACAAGUCUUCCUCUAAAAAACCAUCAACGCGAGAGUUGUCGAGUCCCGAGAAGAAGAGACUUCAACUUCACUAUCCCAAAUAUAAGAGGGCAACCUUUACUCAUAACGAAUUACGAAAUGCAGAGGAACAUUCACGUUCGGAAAACCCAACGCCCGUCAAUCCUGUUCCAAUCAAAACUGAGAAAGAUGUUGUCGAAGAGGAACUGAGUGAUGACGAUGAUGGCGAACAAAAACAAGAAAACAUGCCGAUUGGACAAGAUCUUCCUGAAUCCAUGUUAAUUUCGAAAAAGGAGGUUGAAGAAGCAUUUCGUUUUCUUGACGUUCGGCAAAAAAGAAAAUUAACUCCCAAAGAUCUCAAAGCUCGACUGAAAAUGUUUUAUCCAAAUAUGACAAAUAAGGAAUACAAAUUUUUAAUAUACGAGCCAGAAUUUACCAUUCAAACCCUUCAAAAUAUCCUGAAUAUUGAUACAAAGAGCUCGAUUUAUGGAUCAAAUUUUUAUAAAAGUUACGAUCCUGUAAAAGAAGCCUUCAAAGUGUUUGAUCCAAAAGACACGGGAUUCGUGGAUGAAAAGCAUUUGAAAGAGAUGAUGGAACAACUUGGUUUGGGUCCAAUCACAACAGAAGAUUUGAAAGUUCUCAUCGAGACUGCUGACAAAGACGGUGAUGGGAAAAUAUCGCUUGAAGAUUUUAGAAGCAUGACUAAGAUAUCUGAUGAAUAA